AUGUCAUCUUCUGCCGAUAUGCGAUGCUCUGGACGACCUCAACAGAUGCGAUAUUGUGCUGUGCUGCACCGUCUACUUUAUAGGCUGAACGCUUCUAAGAAGUCCUGCAAUAUUCUCCUGGAGCGCACAUCGUCGAAGUCGAACUGCGCCUUCUAUGUUGUGGAGGACAAUUGCGAUGAACAUAACUUCCGAAGAUGUUCAAAAUAUCGCGAUCAAGUGGCGAGGCCACUGCAGACCACCAAGUUGGGUCUAUGUUAUCUGAAAUAG